AUCUUUGUCAGGGAGCAAAAUGGCGUCCUACUGUAUGACUGUCAGUAGAUUAAGGCUUGUCCUGGGUGAUGGGGCCAGACGACUUCAUGUAUCUGCUGCCCUCAGCGCAAAAGCGAGUGUGGCAAUGAGCCGCUUUGAGGCUGGCUCUGCCGUCAACUAUGAGAAGCUGCUCAACAACAUCAGCAUCGUACGCAAGAGACUGAACCGCCCCCUCACUCUGUCUGAGAAGAUUGUGUACGGUCACCUUGAUGACCCGGUAGGUCAGGAGAUUGCUCGAGGCCGUACGUACUUGCGUUUAAGGCCUGACCGGGUGGCCAUGCAGGACGCCACAGCACAAAUGGCCAUGCUGCAGUUCAUCAGCAGUGGACUCCCCAGAGUGGCCGUACCCUCCACCAUCCACUGUGACCACCUGAUAGAGGCCCAGAUCGGUGGAGCUCAGGACCUUCAGAGAGCCAAGGAAGUGAAUCAGGAAGUCUAUAACUUCCUGGCUACAGCUGCUGCCAAGUAUGGUGUUGGCUUCUGGAAACCAGGAUCAGGAAUCAUUCACCAGAUUAUCCUGGAAAAUUAUGCAUACCCUGGAGUGAUGCUGAUUGGCACAGACUCGCACACGCCCAACGGUGGUGGUCUUGGGGCCAUCUGCAUUGGAGUGGGCGGAGCUGACGCCGUAGAUGUCAUGGCAGGAAUUCCAUGGGAGCUGAAAUGUCCCAACGUGAUUGGGGUGAAGUUGACAGGCAGUCUUUCUGGUUGGACAUCUCCUAAAGAUGUCAUUUUGAAAGUUGCAGGCAUUCUGACUGUGAAAGGAGGUACAGGUGCUAUUGUGGAAUACCAUGGACCUGGAGUCGACUCCAUCUCCUGCACAGGCAUGGCAACUAUCUGUAAUAUGGGAGCUGAGAUUGGAGCCACAACAUCCGUGUUCCCCUACAACCACCGCAUGAAGACCUAUCUGGAGAAAACCGGACGCAAAGAGAUUGCUGAGCUGGCCGAUGAGUAUAAAGAGUGUUUGGUUCCUGACUCAGGCUGUCACUAUGACCAGCUUAUUGAGCUCAACCUGAGUGAGCUAAAACCUCACAUCAAUGGACCCUUUACUCCUGACCUGGCUCAUCCAGUGUCUGAAGUUGGAGCUACAGCUCAGAAGAAUGGCUGGCCCCUCGACAUCAAAGUGGGUCUGAUUGGUAGCUGCACAAACUCCAGCUAUGAGGACAUGGGCCGUGCAGCCUCUCUGGCCAAACAGGCUCUGGAUCGCGGCCUGAAAUGCAAAGCUCAGUUCACAGUCACACCUGGAUCAGAACAGAUCAGAGCUACCAUUGAGAGAGAUGGAUAUGCUAAGAUCCUAAGGGAUGUGGGCGGUGUGGUUCUGGCUAAUGCGUGUGGACCGUGCAUUGGGCAGUGGGACAGACGUGAUGUGAAGAAAGGUGAAAAGAACACCAUUGUUACCUCCUUCAACAGAAACUUCACUGCCAGGAAUGAUGCAAAUCCAGCCACUCACGCUUUCGUCACCUCUCCUGAGAUCGUCACUGCUCUAGCGAUAGCAGGCACUCUGAAUUUUAACCCAGAGACAGAUUACCUGACUGAUUCCAAAGGAGAGAAGUUUAAGCUGGUGGCCCCUACAGGUGAUGAACUGCCAUCACGAGACUUCGACCCUGGAGAGGACACGUACCAGCACCCACCCACAGAGGGGGGGUCAGUCAGAGUGGAUGUGAAUCCGCAGAGCAACAGGCUGCAGCUGCUCGAGCCCUUCCUGAAAUGGGAUGGUAAAGACCUGGAGGACUUACAGGUGUUGAUUAAGGUGAAGGGGAAGUGUACUACAGAUCACAUUAGUGCUGCUGGGCCAUGGCUGAAGUUCCGUGGUCACCUUGACAACAUCUCCAACAACCUGCUGAUUGGUGCGGUGAACAUUGAUAACGAUGCUGUCAACAAGAUCAAGAACCAGCUGACCGGAGAGUAUGGGGGUGUACCAGACGUGGCUCGCUUCUAUAAGGCUAAUGGUGUGCAGUGGGUGGUUGUGGGAGACGAGAAUUAUGGUGAGGGCUCCAGUAGAGAGCAUGCUGCUCUAGAGCCACGACACCUGGGAGGAAGAGCAAUCAUCGUCAAGAGCUUUGCCAGGAUCCAUGAGACUAACCUUAAGAAGCAGGGCCUGCUGCCUCUGACCUUCUCAGACCCUCGGGACUAUGACAAGAUCCGCCCUGAUGACAAGAUUUCCAUCGUUGGUCUGAAGUCUUUCACCCCAGGCAAGCCUUUGGCAGCAGUGCUGAAACACUCUGACGGCAGUUCGGAGAGCAUUGUGCUCAACCACACCUUCAACGAGACGCAAAUUGAGUGGUUCCAGGCUGGCUCCGCCCUCAACAGGAUGAAGCAGCUCCAGAAGUGAACAGCAGGAGGAGUGGGGACAGGAGUUGGAGAUGUGUGGGGUCAUGUAAAUGAUGGGGAGAAAAUGCACAUUCAGAGGAUAGUUUGUAAUCAACUAGGCUAGUAGUGGAUUACUCACAUACCCAUUAUAGAGCACAGUCUAUACCUCACACAUGCAUACACACACACACAUAACAGGUCGCUGUACAGAUUGAACGCGCACACCAGACACACACCCCACACACACACUCCCUCAGGAUUACUGUAUUGUGCAGACAAGGCACACACACACAUGCAUGCAUUUUUUUUGUUGUUUUUAAAUAUUGUAUUAACCGAACCUUGUCCACACCAUGUCUGUCUAGCACUUAUUGUCAUAGUGACCUUACUGACAUUGUUACUGUAGCAGGUGUAUAUAGACACUCCAAUUCAGUCUUUUCUCUCUCACGUCACUCUUUACUCCUUUAGCCGUCCUGUGAAAAUAGCUGCUUCAGCAUUGGUGACUCUGCUUUUGGCUGUGGCCUGGACCUGUGUCAAUAAUGAAUAUUAGACUGAAUCUCUUGUGUACUGCAAUAUGUAGCUCAUCUAUUUAGUGUGUUGUAUUUUUAAGCUGCAGUUUCAUGACUGUAGCACUAUAUAGGGAGUAGGGAGCUAUGUUCUAUAGGAUUUCUGAGCUGUGGGGCCUAAUGUGAUCUUGUAAUGAAAAUACAAUUUUUGGUGCUGGGUUGCGGUGAAAUUUGGCACUAGCAAGGAUACACUCCCCCUAAACCCUCCCCAAACUCUUCCAGUCUUGUGUAGCUGAAGUGCAAAUCCAGUUGUUUGGCUUUACCCGAACAGAUGCCAGUUCUUUGUGCAUCGUAUUUAUUCUGGCUUCAUUGUCAUAAACGUGAAUGACUCUGGCUGUAAACAUCUGCUAGUAAACCACUGUUAACGGUUACCACCACUCCGGUAGUAUCCUUUAAAGCUAAACUAUAUGUGAUCUGUUUUUUGGAGUUUUUUGGUGGGACUUUUCAUCCAUGCUAAUUUGCGGUACAGCCUUGGCCUAACGACAGCCUUGUUAUCUGAGUGCACCAUCACCCCCUAUGAUGUAUUGGUUUCAGAGUUUCACACUCAGCUUGUUCCCACCCUAAUAAGUAUACGUUUCUGCCUAAAUUUAGCCCAGAAUUUCUCAUUUUUAUCCUUAGAUGUUGACUUGUAGGGCCACAAGACUGCUGAAUUGGUUACUGAUUUGAAUGUUACAUUGACAACACUUCCAAGAGCUCUUCUAAAAUUCUAGAUUAGUUGAUCAGUGAGGCAACUUCUGUAAAAAGUAGUCUUGAGCUGAGUGGAUUUUCCCCCAGCUAAUCUCAGGGUUAACUUCGAUAGAUGCCAGAGUUAACUCACUAACUCACAAAUCAAACUUUGCACCGGUUUAGAUCACCGAAUUGGCACUCCACUAAGAGAAAAUGCAGCUUAGUUGUAGUCACUGCUUGUGUGGCAGAACUAGCGUUCAGAGUCAAGGCUGAAUUGGAAGAGAGCUACUUCAUAAUGAAUGCUAAUUAUUUUUGCUAAUCAUUUCUGCAUUGGAAAUAGUCUUUUUUUUUUUUUCAUUCCUGUAAUACUGUUGUGUGAUCACUCAAUGAGUCUCAGAUCAUCUUUAGAAACUAUUUUCUCAGCUUGUGUGUGUGCAGCCUUGUCCUCCAGCUUGUCAUGUUGAUGACCCCACUCUCUGUGCUGACUCAUGUCCUGUCUUCAGUGGUUACCAUCUUGUCGUGUUUUAAGAAACUAGACGCACAACAGCGGUCUGCAGGCUGUGUUUUAAAACACAUGGCCUACCACACAUAGUCUUGUGAUUCACUCCUUUUUCAAUAGCUAAUUUACAGUUGUUUAAGCCUAUAUCAAGAGCUUUUACUGCUAGCAAAAUGACAUCUUGAAGAAUCUGUAGUGGUUUGCCUGAAUGUGAUCAUAUUUAGUAAAAUGUAAGUGAAGGGUGGAGCUUUUGAAUGGCUAUUGAAGAGAACUGCAGCUGAAUGUCAGUCAGAUUAAAAGGUAAUUCCACUGAUUUUUCAGCAUUGGUUAAUGUCUGGACUUUUGUAAUGAGUUAAAAUCUUCUUGUAAAACUGUCAUUUCAAUUUAAAUGAUCAAAUAAUCUCAAAACAAGCAUGAACAUGUAUAAAUAGUCUAUGAGAACAUUCAGUGAUAUCAGAUUGUAAUGGCGUACUUUAAGUGCGAACGUGGAAAGCACUUGUGGAUUUACUUAUUUAACUUAGUUUUCAGAGCCUGUGGUUUAGUUUUCAUGACCCACUUUAAAGUGUUGAGCUACAUUUUAAGUGAAGGUUUCCUUCUGAACAUUUGGUUAUAGUCUUGGACUAUGCUGCAAACCCAGAUCCUGAUAUUCUCAAGUUGUAAAUAGCUUGUUUGAAGUGCUUUUGGAUUGGGAUAAAAAGGGAGAACCUAGUUCUGUAAGAUUUGACAGAAUGGCUGUGCACCUUUUUGAUUUCCCACCACUUAUGAACUGUACCUUUUUAAUUUCAUGAGAUUGAGAUGUAUUAUACAGGUCGAGCUUGUUAUUGUUCUUGUAGUAAACUCAUUCGAUGCUAACUGCUUGAGAUCUAAGCCUUGGUUUCUUUCCUCUGGUUCUGCAUUAAUCUACAAAAAUGCAACUAGAAUCAAGCAUUAAAACAAGCAUUAUAGUCUGUUGUAGCUUUAGAAUAACAGGUUCGCUCUGAAGUUUUCACAAUUAUGUGCAGUUCUCGCUUACUGAGCCGAAUUGCUGCAAACCGCCCUGUCCUGACCUGGCUUAUGGUCAGCACUUGUGAAGACUUGCCAGCUGUAUGAUGUUAUAAAAAAAACCACAUCUGUGUGCUUGUGAUGUGAUGUGCUUAAGACCUGUAAUAUCUGCUGAAAUUUUACUGUACACUCACAAGUGCACAUGCACUGUCAACUGAACUGACCUGUUAUUGAUAUCAUUUCCUAACAUCUGGUGUCUCCUCUACAUCCAAAAAUGCGUCAAGAUCUGUCUCAAUGUCUCUGAUUUUAAUAUUGAUUUUUUUUUUUUUUCCUCUCUAGAAGGAUGUGAUUUGAAAGCUCGCAGUUUUAUUGCUGGCAGAGGUGUUGAUAAAGUCUAGAGAAUUUCCUAAAUUAAUGACAAUAAAAUAUUCCAGAUGAUGGUAA